UCCAAGCCUUCGGAUCCCUGCUUAGGGCAGGCCAUCACUGCCAGGUCUCCUGCACCCUGCCCAGCAGAGGCCAUCACCACCAGGGGCCUCAUGUAUAAACGUAAGGAGGUGCAUCCUGAUACUGCAGUUAACAGCGACAAAAUGAAGACCCAGCAGGAGCUGAAGCGCUAUAAUCCCAGUGACAGAACCUUAAAGUUUGUGAAUAGGAGGGAUGACAUCAUCCUGGAUGAUGACCCGGAGAUCCUGAGGGCAGAAAUGUCCUGUGGCCAUGCUGUCAGUCCAGAGUCACUGACGGAUUGGUGUCAAAGUCUCAUAGAUCAGGGUCAGUACAAGUUCACAUGUCCAGCUCUGAAGGAUGGAGGGAAUCAGAAGUGUGGGAAGGAGUGGCCCUACCAGGAGGUUCGGAAACUGGCACUGCUGACAGACAGCGAGCAGAGAUAUUUUGAGGAGACCAUGGCAACACUGGCUGCUGCAAAUUUCCAUGAAUAUAAGUCAUGUCCCAGAUGCCAGUCGUCUGUGGAACGGGAAGACCUGACCAAUCUGAGUGUACACUGCACAGUCUGCACUGCUGAGAUGGGCCAAGACUAUGAAUUCUGCUGGCAGUGCCUAAGGCAGUGGAAAGGGCCUGGGCCACGAUCUGACCGCUGCAACAAUGAUGGCUGCACCAACAAAGAUCUGGAACUGCUGCAGACGUGCCCCAUGACUAUUCUGCCAACAGUGCAGAACGUGCAGUGCCCCUCCACACGCGCCUGUCCCACCUGUGGUCUAAUGAUCGAGCAUGACAAGACUGGCUGCAAGAACAUAACCUGCUUAAGGUGUCGGAAGGAGUUCUGCUUUGUCUGUCUGAAGCUCACCCCUGAGUGUCGGCGGACCAGCAGUUACUUUACACCCUGUUCUGAUGGUGUUGCCCCCAGACAGACAUCAGUACCAACCUGGAAAAGAAAUUAGAUACAUUUCCAGUUAAUUCAGUCUCCCCACACACAAAUCAUACAUUUCC